AUGGAGGUGCUGCGGCGCUCUUCUGUCUUUGCUGCGGAGAUCAUGGACGCCUUUGAUCGCUCGCCCACAGACAAGGAGCUGGUGGCCCAGGCCAAGGCACUAGGCCGGGAGUACGUGCACGCGCGGCUUUUGCGCGCCGGCCUCUCCUGGAGCGCACCAGAGCGAACUUCGCCUGCCCCUGGAGGACGCCUAGCGGAGGUGUGCACCGUGCUGCUGCGUUUGGGGGACGAGCUGGAGCAGAUCCGUCCCAGCGUGUACCGUAAUGUGGCCCGGCAGCUGCACAUUUCCCUGCAGUCUGAGCCUGUGGUGACUGACGCCUUCCUGGCUGUGGCAGGCCACAUCUUCUCAGCAGGCAUCACAUGGGGCAAGGUGGUGUCCCUGUACUCGGUGGCUGCUGGGCUAGCAGUGGACUGUGUUCGGCAGGCUCAGCCUGCCAUGGUUCAUGCCCUGGUUGACUGCCUGGGGGAAUUUGUGCGCAAGACCCUGGCGACCUGGCUUCGGAGGCGUGGCGGAUGGACCGACGUCCUCAAGUGUGUGGUCAGCACAGACCCUGGCUUCCGCUCCCACUGGCUCGUGGCCACACUCUGCAGUUUUGGCCGCUUCCUGAAGGCUGUGUUCUUCCUCUUGUUGCCAGAGAGAUGAGCUGCUCCCCACAGCGGGGGCCACUUGUGGGGCUCCUGGGCCCAACCCAAGGGGCCUAUAACACUUGCAAAGCACUUCCUUUACUCAAGUUGGGAGCAUCCAGCCCCUGGGGCCCUAUCCCAAACCCCAUUCCCUUGUGGACCCUGACCUCUGGAAGGGCUGAGUGGAGAAGCCUGUCCCAGAGUCUGGAGCUGGCUUUGGGGUCUGCUGUAGCUCUUCUCUUGAAACUCCUGCCAGAAAGUCAGGGUCAGUGCAUAGCCCUGGGGAAAGGGGCCAGAGAACUUUCACUUGAUGCUCCAGGCCCCCACCCCAGGAAGGGUCCUUCCCAGGACACGAGCUGGCCUCAGUCCUUGUGGGAAGCAGGUCUUGUACAUCUGGCCUGAAGAUGACUGGCUAAUGCAAGAGGAGCCAGGGAUGCUUACUGUCUGUCCCUAAAGGCCGAACAGAAGGUCCCUGUGCUGCUCCUUUGGCUGUUUCUAGAUGAAGAUGGUGUCCCUAACCCACAGUGGGCCCUUUGUGGCAGGGAUCAGGGGUGUAGGUAGUUCACCUGACCAAUGAACAAGAGAUCCUGUGGAUGAGGUGAUCUGCACAAGUUGGACCCCAAUAAAGUUUUACCCAGC